AUGGCCACCUCCGCCCGGUCGGCCCCCGCCCGCGCCCCGCCGGUUCAGCAGCCUGUGGCGCUGUGCCACGGCUACAUGGGCUUUGGCAAGCUCGCGUUCAUGCCGUACUUCCACCCCAAGCUGGUGGCCUUGGUCGAGGCCGCCUCGCCGUAUCCCGUCACCCGCCCGGUGGUCUCACCACUCGAGGGCAUUGCCGUUCGAGCCGGACAGCUGGCGGACGCGCUGCGGGCGGCGCGGGCCGAGAUGGGCGAUGAAUCGCUGAGGUUCAAUGUGGUGGCCCACUCGAUGGCCGGCCUCGACGUCCGCUAUCUCAUCGCCCACCUCGGCGGCGACGAGCUGGUUGCCUCGCUCACCACCCUCGGCACGCCGCACCGCGGAUCGGCGGUGGCCGACGUGCUUGCGGGCUCGCUGGAGGCCUCGGCGACCAUCGAGCGCAUUGUAAGCUGGCUCGGCAUCUCGACCGACGGCCUCCGCGAUCUAACCACGGCUGCGACUGCGGCGUUUAACGCCGCCGUUCCGAACUCGCCGCGGGUCCUUUACUUUUCAGUCGCCUCGUACGACGACCCGUCGCCAAUGCACCCGUAUGCGGUGACCUCGCGGAUGCUGCGUGCCGCGGCACCGUCGGAUCCGCGCAGUACUACCGGCCGUACCGGCUCGCGCGUCGUGGCCACGCCGGGCUCCUCGGCGCCGCGCGACCACUUUGACUCGGACGGGCUCGUCACUGUCGCCUCGGCCAAGUGGGGCAAGCUCAUCGGCAUCUUUCCCGAGGUCAACCACACCGACCUCAUGGGCUUUCCGCGGCUCCGGCCCAAGGUCGUCGACAUCUACAAGGCCGUCCUCGCCAACCUCGAGCGCCACGGCCUGUGA